AUGAUUGAACCUCAAUCACAAAGUGUUCGUGGAGUAUUAUCAAUUACACCUCGUAAAAAGUCUGUUCGAUUCGCUAUCACAUCGCCAAGAUUACCUUAUCACUUAACAACAAAAACACAUCUUCAUCCACAACAGUUAGCCAUUGAAAAUGGACAUAAUACAAAAGACGAAGAUAAAGAUCAUCUAUUAAUACCGAAAACAAACGCUUCUUAUUCUCUACCGUUACGUAAUAAUACGACAAAUAUUGAUCAUAUUACGAGUGAUACACAUUUUCAAAAUUUAUUAUCAGAUAAACAAAUUGAAUAUGUACCUACGACACGUGGUUUACAGAUCAGAGGAGAAAAAAAACCAUUUACAAUUACUACUGUAACAAAUGGAAUUGGUCAAUCAAAAAAUGUUAUUCUAGAUGAUUUAAAUAAAUUUAUGAAAACAAAAGUAGAUGAUCUACGACGAAAUAUGGUUACAGUCACGAGUACAUUUAAUGAAGCUAGUAAACAAUUGAAUUCACUUAAAAAAGAACGGCAAAUAGUAGUGAAAAAAAGUCGUAUACCAAUAUCGAAUGCGAGACAACAUCAACGUUUACCAUCACCAAUAAAAGAUGUUAAUAAAAUACCAAAAUCUAUUAAUGAUUUACGUGAACAAGUACUAGCAAGAAAAUUUUCUCAUCUAUGGCAAAAGAAAAUAUUUGGCACGUUAUUAAAACCGAUGAAACAAUACUAUAAUGAAUAUUUAAUGCGAAAAUAUUUUAAUAUAUGGAAAGAUGAAUGGUGGGAAACAAGAAAAGAGUGGCGUUUAAUGAUUCGAGCUGAAUAUCAUUAUAAUUUACAUUUAUUGACAUUAUUUUAUCGUACAUGGAAACAAAAUACGAGCAUCGAAUCGAUUGAUGCAGAAAAAUAUUUACGAGCAAAACAUUUUGCUGAUCAAAGACUAGUUCAACAUUGUCUUCGACUAUGGAUUAAUUAUACUAGUGAGAGACGUGUGAAAAAUCAACAGAAUCAAAUAGCACUGCAGUGUAUUAAUCGUCGUCGAACAUUGUAUUUCUAUAAUUUGUGGCAUACUCAAACAUCUCGAAAACUUAAAGAUUCUCAACAAUAUUUAUUUGCUAAUCGUCAUUAUCGUCAACAAUUACAGCGUGUUUGUUUUCAUGCCUGGCUAACAUAUGCUGAUUAUAGAAAACGAAAAAAUACACAUAAAAAUCGUGUAUAUAAAUAUUAUCAACAUCAUCUUGUGGAAAAAUAUUAUUCCAAUUGGCGACAAUGUUAUGUGCGACAUUUAACGGUAAAUCAAAAUCAGCAACGUUUAAAUGAAUUACAGAGAAAAAUUUUGCUACGUUGGGCACUUAACAAUUGGAAAACACAUCUUCUCGGAUUAGCUGAAGAAAAAGAAACAUUAAAAAUGGCUGAACAGUAUUAUCAACGACGACUAGUACAUGAAUCAUUUAAACAGUUACGUUAUUAUGUUGAGAAACGUCGAAUGAAAUCACGUCUGAAUUGGUUAGCAAUGAAACAGCGUGCAAGAUCCCUUGAACGUGUUUAUUACAAUGAAUGGAAAUAUAGACUUGAACGACGAGAAGAUUUAUUAAGAUUAGGUGAUUUUCGUAAAGCUGAAGCUUUCUAUUCAAUGAAAAUUACUAUUCGCUAUUGGUUUUUGUGGCGUCGAUAUAUAACUUAUUGUAAAAAAGAACAGUCUCGAAUGAAAGCGGCUAUUAAUUAUCAUAAUUCUAAACUGAUAAGAAGAUAUUUUAUAAUAUUACGAUCAAAUAUAAAUGCAGAAAGAUAUGAACAAUUACUUGAAACAAAAGCUAUUAAUCAUUACAGAAAUCGUCGAUUAAAGUUAUAUUAUAAUCAUUGGUCUCAAACAACUCAAACACAUCAAUGGUUUCGAUUAAAUUGGAGACUGGCAAUCAUUCAUCAAGAGAAAACAAUGCGUUCGAAUUAUUUUCGUACGUGGUUAUAUAGAGCUCAAGUGAAAUUAAUUGAGAAUCAACAUGAGGUUGUAGCUGAAAGAUACUAUUUUAAAUAUCUUAUUCGUUCUGCAUGGGUAAAAUGGCGUGCUAUUAUUGAAGAAGUACACAAUGAACAACGUUUAGAACGAAUAGCAAUUCAAUUUUAUUAUCAUACAAUUGAACGACAAGUACUCGAUUCAUGGAAAUUGUAUAUUAUUCAUUGUCGCUAUAUGAAACAAAAAUAUGUACAAGCAAAUCAAUUUUAUCUCGAACAUAAAGGACGAGAAAUUUAUGAUUAUUGGAAACAAAUAACUUUUAUACGUAAACAAAGAAUGUUAAUUGUUAAUGAAAAAUUUCAACGAUGUCAACGAGAAAAUAUUCGAUAUAUAUUUCGUUUAUGGAAGAUGAAUGUUGAUGAUGAACAUUUUGAACGUGAACAAAUUAAUUUAGCUAUUGAUCAUUAUAAUCGAUUGUUAAAACGAAAAAUACUAUUGGCAUGGAAUAGAGAAAUUAUUAAUCAAAUUGUCAAAGAUACGGAUAAUGAAACGAAACUUCAUGAAUAUUUAUAUCAACAAAAUUUACGUCGAAUGUAUCAAGUUUAUACUCAUUGGAAACAACUACGCGAUGAACAUCUUCGUGAGAGACUAUUUUCGAAUCGAGCACAAACACAUAAUGUAAAGAAAAUUCUUGCACGAUAUUUUCAACAAUGGAAAGAACAACAUAAUUCUGAUAUGCGUUUGAAAUUACUGGAGCGUCAAGCAUUAUGGUUUGAUCGUAUGCGUUUAACAGGUCGAUAUUAUUAUCAAUGGAAAUAUUUAUAUAACAACGAACGAUUAAUGGAACAAAAAAAACAAAAUGCACUCUUAUUUUGGUCGAUUCAACUACAGAAACGAUUUUUUGUUCAAUGGUUGUUGUAUGUCAAUGAACGUAAACGUAAGAAAGAUCGAUAUGUUCAAGCAACGCGAAUUCGUUAUGAAGAAUUGAUACGUGACUCACUAAGAAAAUUUCUUAUUUAUACUGAUCAUACAAGACAGAGACGACAAGCAAACUUUAUUCAUAAACAAGUUUUUCUUUAUCAUGAUCGUAAUGCAUUGGCAUGGAAAUAUUAUUCUAAAUGGAAAAAUUAUGUAAAAGAUGCUGUAAAACGAAAACAUAUUACUUAUUCCUUAAAUAUUAGUCACAUUAAUAAACAUCAUACAACGACGACAGCUAAAACAGCUUUAGCGCUCGUUCGAUUUGAUAACAGUCCCCCAAAGAUUGUCAAUCGACCUAGACCGCGAAAGCCCCCAUUUUUAUCAGAAUCAUUUCAUACUGUAGAAACAAUUACCACCGCCACUACUACCGCACAUAGUCCAAUAAAAAUAAUAUCAAAAAAUCAAGACAAUUUUCAAUCACCAUUGAGACAAGUUUUAUCGUCGUCGACAAAUAUAAAUGAUCAACAACAUGUAUCUCUUCCACAUUCUGUUCAUUCACCAUUUGUCACAUUUAAACAACCAAAAUCCAGUGAAAAUAAUAAUACAAUAACAUCGGCUCGUUUAUUAGAUUUUGAUCCUCAUCAACGUCAUUCGUCAUUAUCCGAUGUUCUUCUCCUACCACCAUCUGCGUUUGAACUAAAUCAUUUGCAUAAUGAUGAUGAACCAAUAUCUUCUCGUCCAACAGCGCCAACAAGAAAAACAUUACAACAGCAACAAUUACAUCGACCAUAUUCUGUUCAACCGACAACAAAUAGUAAAUACGAAUUUACAUCUUAUACACAUCGUAAAAAGACACCUGAUAUUACAACGUCGUUUAAAACAAAUGAGAAAAAAAAUCUCUUACAAAUUAAAGAACGUCUUGAACUUUAUUUACAAAACAAGGAAAAACUAAAACGAUUGAAAGUUCAAUUAGCUAAUGUACAAAGUGCAUCUGACCAAAACAAUACCCAUAAUCUUGAACAAGAAGUACGUCAAUUGAGUUCACUUGUUGCCUAUGAAAAAUCUCAAUUAUCCAAUGUGCUACAAAACGUUGAUAAUCAUAUGACUUCAAAUCAACAUAUUUGA